AUGCAGCAGCUCCUCGAGCCCCCUGCACAGCAGCCCCUGGGCAGUGGGACUGGGAAAGCUGCCAAGGAUGACGGUGGUGGCAGGGAGGGGAGCAUGGACGGCGAGGCCACAAGGGAGAACCCCUACGCAGGGCUGGUGAGCCGCCUGCGGGCAGCCUGGCUUUCGGGGAAGACGCGGCCCAUGGAGUACCGUGUGGCUCAGCUGGAGGCCCUGGGGUGUUUCUUGAACAAGAAGAAGCAGGACAUCCUGGAGGCCACUGCCUUGGACAUGGGCAAGCCGCCCUUUGAAGCCGAAUUCUGCGAGAUCCUCCUCUGCAAGAAUGAGCUCCACGAGACGCUGAACAACCUGUCCCGCUGGAUGAAGGACGAGCACGUGGACAAGAACCUGGUGACCCGGCUGGACUCAGCUUUCAUCCGCAAAGACCCGUAUGGGGUAGUGCUCAUCAUCGGGCCCUGGAACUACCCCAUCAACCUCCUUCUGGGGCCCCUCAUUGGGGCCAUUGCUGCCGGUAACUGUGUCAUUGUCAAACCCUCGGAGAUGACCAAGAACAUUGAGAGACUUGUGGCUGAAACACUGCCCAGCUACCUGGACAAGGACUGCUUUGCCGUGGUGACUGCUGGCGUGGAGGAGACCACGAGACUGCUGGAGAACAAGUUUGACUACAUCUUCUACACUGGCAGCCCCUCCGUGGGGAGGAUCGUGAUGACUGCCGCUGCCAAACAUCUGACACCUGUGACGCUGGAGCUGGGGGGCAAGAACCCCUGCUACGUGUCUGACACCUGUGACGUGCAGAACGUGGCUCAGCGGGUGGCCUGGGGCCGCUUCUUCAACACAGGGCAGACCUGCAUCGCACCCGACUACGUGCUGUGCAGCGCAGAAAUGCGGGAGAAGCUGCUGCCCGCUCUGCGUAAGGCCAUCACUGAUUUUUAUGGCCCCAACCCUCAGGAAUCCCCCGACUUCGGCCGCAUCGUGGGGGACAAGCAGUUCCAGCGGGUACAGACGCUUCUGCGCAGUGGGCGGGUGGUCAUCGGAGGACAGACGGAUGAAAAGGAGCGCUACAUUGCUCCCACGGUGCUUGUGGACUUGCAGCCCUCUGAUCCUAUCAUGCAGGAGGAGAUCUUCGGGCCCAUCCUGCCCAUUGUCACUGUGGCCAACAUGGAUGAAGCCAUUGACUUUAUCAAUAGCCGUGAGCGGCCGCUGGUUGUGUAUGCCUUCUCCUCCAACAACAAGGUGGUGAACCAGGUCCUGGAGCAGACAAGCAGUGGUGGCUUCUGCGGCAACGACACCCUGAUGCAUGUGACGUUGACCUCGCUGCCCUUCGGUGGCAUCGGAAGCAGCGGCCUGGGGAUGUACCACGGCAAGUUCACCUUCGACACCUUCACCCACCACCGUGGCUGCCUGCACCGUAGCAUGGGCUGGGAGGCCAUCAAUGCCCUGCGCUACCCGCCCUACAGCCAGAAGAAGCUGGGCAGCGCAGCUGCUGCCAAGCACCUGACACCCGUGACGCUGGAGGGCAAGAACCCCUGCUAUGUGUCCGACUCCAGCAAUGUGCAGAAUGUGGCCCAACUGGUGGCCUGGGGCCACUUCAAC